AUGGCCACUCACCUCGCCGCUAUCUCUCCAGCCAAAGGGGAACCCUUUGUACUUCAACACCGCCCAACGCCAAAGCCAGGCCCAGGGGAGAUUCUCAUCGCGAUCAAAUCAGUGGCCCUCAACCCGGCAGACAUAGUCAUGCGUGACACAGGCCUCUUCAUACCCACAUACCCCACAGUCAUCGGCUUCGAUUUGGCGGGCGUAGUCCUCGAGGUCGGCGAGAACGUAGCCACUAAUGACAACGACAAUGACGACUGCCCCUUCUACCGGCCGGGCACCCGCGUCGUUGCAUACUCAGCCUCCGCCUGGAGAUCCUGCGAUCCAGACUACGGGGCAUUUCAAGAGCGCUGUCUCGUCCCCUGGCAGCAUGCUGUUCCCAUUCCAGACAAGGGCAUUUCUUGGAACCAUGCAGCAACCUUGCCCGUUUCUGUGGCGGUACCUCUGAACGUGUGGGAUAUGAUGGGGAUUCCAAGGUUAGAAGAAGCCACUGCUUCUGCUCCAGCUAGCCCGACUGGCACGAAAACCGAAGCUCUCCUUGUCUGGGGUGCAUCCUCUAGCGUCGGAAGCAUGGGCGUUCAAACAGCUCGGCUGUUGCGUGACGAUCACAAAUCUUCUUUUGCAGCCGUGUAUGCGACAGCGGGAUCUGCGAAUGAGGACUAUGUGGCUUCACUAGGCGCAGAUCGUUUAUUCGACUACAAAGACCCACAUGUUGUCAGUUUGAUUGUUGCGGCAGCCAAACAGGACAGAUUAGUGAUCCGGCAUUGCUUUCUUGCAACAGGGCAGCUGAAAUCGUGCCAAGCUGUGCUUAAGGCAUUCAUUGUGGGAGAUCAAGGAGAGAAGAAGACCAUAGCGGCGAAACUCGUGUCAGCGCCUCCGAUUCCUCCGAAUGCGCAGGUAGUGGAUGGAUUAGAGACAAUAUUUGUGAUGCCGUCGAUGGUAGAAGGGGAGAGACUGGAGCAGUUCCGAUAUUGGAUUGGGACGUGGAUGAGAGAUAACUUAGAGAAGGGAAAAAUUAGGCCGAGCCCGGAGCCGACAAUUGUUGGAAAAGGGCUGGGAGCUAUAAAUCUAGGAUUGGAUCAAUUGGCUCGAGGUGUGAGUUGUACAAAGUUGGUUGUGGAGGUUGAGAACUAG